GCGUGAAGUGUGUUGAUCUUUAUGACCCGAGAACUUCAAGAACCAAACUCUCGAGAAGGUCCUCUCCACCUCCAGCAGGGGGCAGUGCCGAACCUCCACAGCGCUGCGCUCCGCAUCAGACCCCAACAGAAGAAGAACUAAGACCCCAACAGACGACGUAGAAGAAGACUAGUCGUUGCACCGAGAUCCAAGGUACAGACGGUCUUUAGCGUUUGUUCCGUUACAGACAGUGAUCAUGAGUGUCUGUCGGGAGUGGGAGAUCUUCAUCCCGGAGGAGGCGGUGGUGCAGAACAUGCCUCUGCAGAGUUUACCCCUCUCUGUGCUGAAGAGGAUGAGACUGCCCCUCCCAGACAUGGACCCCUCCAGGAGACCCACUGAUUUGCCCACCGUCACGUGGAUCUGCCCGGCGUUCGUCUGCAAAAAAGGCCUGACGUCAGCCCCCCCCAUCAGGAGUGUUUGGGCAGAGGGUGUGCGUACGUUGAAGCAGUGUGGAUCAAGGUCGGCCCCCCUAAAGAUGUCCUUCAAGUCCUCCAACCGGGUCGCUUUUGAGGUGCUGAAGCUGAAGGACGUUUCAGACAAAUGCCACACCCGCCCCCUCCCUCAGGGUACCCCCCCCCCCACCACCAACCAGACCGCCCUGGUCAUCUUCCGUGGGCAGAUCUACCUGUGCAUCAGAAAGUCUGAGCUGGGCCAGAAGCAGCAGAGGAGCAGCUCAACCUCUCCAUCGCUGUCAGCCGACAGCCCAGAGACGGAGAAUGUGACGGAGUCCAGGUGCCAAACCAAAGCCUCCCCGGGGGAGGUCUGGUCCCCCCGGAAGGAGAGUUGCAGCGCUCUCAGGAGGGAGAGGGGUUCCCCUGACGCCUUCAGUGUGAAGCGGAUCCGGAUGGAGCAGGCGGGUCUGGAGGGUGGUGCUGUUCAGGAGACUCUGGCAGGUGAAGCUAGCGGCUCCUCCUCAGGGUAUGAUGUCUUUAGCAAGCAGACGGAUGAGGACGCCGUCUAUAAAGAGCUGGAGGAAGAGGAGGAGAUUGCUCAGCUGAAGGCCCGCUUGCAGAAGGAGGACGACGCUCUCAACAACCUGCUGUCUGGACCCUGAACUGGGAUCAGAACCUGCUUCUUCCAGUGUCCUCCAGAGGUUUGGCCUGUUCUGGUUCAGUUGAGGAAUCUUUUUCUGCUGCAGCUGCUGUGGCGGCAGUGAUGACCUCUGAACUCUACACAUCUGCAAAUGAGGGACGUUCUCCUCUUUACGCUCUCAAGAACCUCAUUUUCGUGCUGUGGGUGUGUUUGUAGCAAAUCAAAUUACGUUUAUUUAACAUGACCGCAGUCAAGCAAACAGGCGCACAUUAAAACAUUGAAAACUACUAAAAGGUUAGAACAAUUAAAAAGGAAAAUAAUCAAAUAAGUGACAGUAAAAAAACAAGCACGGGUGGAACUAAAGGAAAGACGCCAGCAGAGCAGAGUUAUGUGCUGUCAAGUCUGCUUAAAAAGUGACUUUUUAGAUGUGUAUGUUCAUGUGUGUUACGUGUCAAUAAAUGCAUGUUAGCCUGACUGCAGCUGAGGACCAUAAAGGUCCGUGUUCAGUUCAGAUGUUUAAAAGGCUAUUUUAAAUGAUCUUCUUUUAAAUAUCAAUAAAAACAUUUCCUUGGAAGAUUCAAGGAUAAACUUUGUGAAAAUCUGUACAUUUAUGUCCAGCUCCUGUUCCUUCAAAAAAACUUAGAUUAAAUGUUUUAAAAUGUUUUAAAGUUGACUUCAAGUCUUAUUUAUGUAUUCAAACAUUCAAAUACUUAAAGAUCAGAUUUCUAUAAAGUCUGCUUUACUGAUGCUGAUUUUCAAACCUUCUUUUUAAAAUGUUAUUUUUGUUGUGUGGCCACCAUAAUGGGAAUCAAAAGUGCUCAAAGGUUCUGGAAAACCUUCAAAACUGACCCUAAAAGUGCUUGAGGUGACAUGGAUCAUUAUUUUCUCUUCUUCUGCCCUCUGGAUCUCUGGAUUUUGGCCGCCAGGGGGCAGCAGACCUGAACUUCAGUGUCAGAGGUCAGUUUUUUGAUACAUGGAGGAAAACUGAUAAGACUGAAGAUACUGUAAAAAAAAACCAUCUUUGACAUUUACAUAUAAUAAAACUAUACAAUCUGCCUUCUAGAUUGGUGGUUGGGAAUGAUUACAUAAGACAUUUGUGUUGAGUAGAUGUCUUUGUUAUAACGAUGCUUCUUGGCAAUAAAAGUUACGUUUGGAAAGCC